AUGGGUGCUCCAAGUUCCUCCUCUAACAAUGUUCGAAGUGUUGCGGGGCAACACUCUGAUAAUGAAGAGCGUCCACAUGGCGUCGCAAGUAGGUGGAACAACAGGAAUACGUAUAGUCACACGCAUUUUCGUGUCUACAAGAGGAGAUGGUUUGGGCUGGCCCAACUAGUCUUGUUGAACAUUGUGGUGAGCUGGGAUUGGUUGACCUUUGCUCCCGUUUCUGCUUCGGCCGCAGAAUACUUUGAUGUGUCUGAGACAGCGAUCAAUUGGCUCAGCACAGGCUUCCUGUUUGCUUUCAUUGUCAUAUCACCAGUUGUAAUGUGGACGUUGAACCAUGGCCCAAAGCAAUCCAUAAUGUGGUCAUCUGUAUUGCUACUGUUGGGUAACUGGAUCCGGUAUGCAGGCACGCGAGCAUCUGGAGGCAUCUAUGGAGUGGUCAUGUUCGGCCAAAUCUUGACUGGACUUGCUCAGCCAUUUGUGCUUGUAGCACCUACACGCUACAGUGACCUUUGGUUCACUGAGAGUGGCAGGAUAUCAGCAACGGCUUUGGCUUCUCUUGCCAAUCCAUUGGGUGGAGCUCUCGCUCAACUUAUCAAUCCAUUUUUGGGAUCCGUUCCUCACAUGGUCCUCUACGUCUCUAUCAUUGCCUCUGUAGCUACCAUCCCAUCAUUCUUUAUUCCCGCUGCUCCACCAACACCUCCUUCGGCAUCAUCCGCCAUCUCGAAGACCAGUAUUCGAGAGUCCCUAUCGCACAUCUCCCGCUCCCCAAGUUUCUAUGUCCUCUUCAUCACAUUCGCCGUCUAUGUAGGCUUCUUCAACGCUUUCUCAUCCCUCCUUAACCAAAUCCUCUACCCCUACGGCUUCACCGAGGACGAAGCAGGUAUAUGCGGCGCAGUACUCAUUCUCGUCGGUCUCGUCGUCGCUGCGAUUAGUUCUCCGAUCAUGGACAGAACGCACGCCUACUUGCUAGGCAUCAAACUCCUCUGCCCUCUCAUCGCCAUUCCCUACCUCGCUUUCAUCUGGGCGCCACAGACAAGGACGUUGGUAGCACCCUACGUGCUAGCAGCGGUAUUGGGCGCAUCUUCGUUCUCACUCCUCCCGAUAGCACUCGAAUACAUGGUCGAGGUGACUUUCCCAGCAUCUCCCGAGGUCGGUUCCACGAUCCUCUGGUGCGGAGGUCAACUACUUGGUGGCAUCUUCAUCGUCGUGAUGAACGCCCUGAAAAGCGGCGAAGCAGACCUAAAGGAGGUUAGCAAAGGUGGUCGGGGACAAGGCGGUGGGUCGAGGCCCCCAGGCAACAUGUACAACGCGCUCGUGUUCCAAGCUGCCAUCGCUCUGGCCGUAUUGCCACUUCCCUUAGCUCUCGGGAUCAAGAAGUUCGGUCUGAAGCAUGAGAAGGGGAGGUUAAGGGUUGACGAGCACUUGGAGGGGGAUGACGAGGCGCAGGAGGGUGCCGGUGCAUGA